UUUCAAAGGCCUUCCACUGCGACCCUGAAGAAAACGGGUGAACGCUUCCUCCAAGACGCGUCCUGCUAUCAGGUCGCCCCCAAACUGGCCAAAUGUCGGGAGUGUCGAUGGACCCAAAGUCAGCGGAACAAGAAGAUGCCCAACAUCUUUUGCCGCUUUUACGCCUUCCGACGGCUCAAGUACUCAAAGAAGACGGCAAUGCUCAGUGUGGCGGGCUUCUGUGAUCCCAAGGAUGCUCGAGAAGAUGACUUGGACAUUUGGAGAGCAUCUUGGGACAAUGCCCCGGAAAAGUUGACCGUCCAACAAGCGAAUUACCUCAUCUCUCAUCUGAGAGCCGACUUUGAAUUGCUCAUACGACAAGAAGAAGAGGCCAAGAAUGUGAACACCUCCGUGGAGAAAGACGUGGCCUGGAAACGGGUAGUUCAAGGUGUACGGGAAAUGUGCGACGUGUGUGAUGCCACGCUAUUCAACUAUCAUUGGGCGUGUUGCAAGUGCGGUUUUGUGGUCUGUCUCGAUUGCUAUCGAGGUCGGAAGAACAAAGAGAAUCUGAGGUCUUGGGGUGGCAACGAAAAGGAUCGUGACGAGUUCUCUUGGCUUCUGUGCACAAACAGCUCUUGCCACGACCUUGAGAAACUCAUAUUUGUGCAGAUCAUUGCUGGAAGUGCUUUAGAUGAGGUGUCCAGCAAGCUCAUCGCGUCAUCCAGUAGCCUGACGGCCUGCUUAGAAAACGGGAAGAACUUUGAAGAGAUCAAGGAGGAAGACUUCGCCAAUGGAGACGACCUCAAAGCCAACGGAGGAAGUGAGCUAGCCAUGCAAGAUAUUAUCUCGAAGGCGGUGGAAAAGUCCAUGAAAGAGAACGGCAACGGGGCCCAUAAUGGCCAGCCCAAAGAGCUCAAAUACUUCUCACUGCCCUCAGAAAAGAACUGCAAGUCUCGCUGGAGGAACCAAGUGGUGGAGUCGGUCACGUGGCAUAAGGUGAGUGACAGCAAGCUGUUCCACUCGGAAGUGGAUCACUCCUGGAUGGAUCACGGCCGAGUACUACGACUCGAGUCCAAAGCCGAGGAUUCGUUUUCCCUGGACAUGUUCCAAGAAAUGUGGAAACACGGCUCGCCCGUGGUCAUCUCCAAGUCCAUUGCCGACAUGGACAAGAGCUUGUGGUGCCCCAAGUACUUUCUCGCUGAGCAUUCCGAUAAUGAGACGGCUGUGAUCAAUCUGACCUCGGGCAAAGUGCAAAGCAUGCCGGACUUGGCCAAGUUCUGGACCGGAUUCUCGGACCACUCGAAGCGCUCAUCCGAGACGUCCAUUCUUAAACUGCAGGACUGGCCACCCAUGGGAGAUGAAUUCAUGGAGGCCUUGCCCGAACACACCUCGGACCUGAUGAAGCACUUGCCCCUAACCUCCUACACGGGGCGACACGCCAUGCUCAACACUGCUGCCAGCUUACCUGACGUCUUUGUCCGGUCGGAUUUGGGACCCAGGCCCUGUUUUACUUACGGCUUUGGAACCAAUUCGGACCACGAGAGCAAAGGCACCGUGGAGCUCCACUUUGAAUUGGCUGAUUCGCUGAACAUUCUUCUGAACGUGUCCACCGCCGCUCAGACAACUCCUCAAAACGUGGUGCAACUCCUUCAGCGAAUGGACGUGCUGGAUGACGAGUCCAAAAGUCGCAUCCUGGAGAAGAGCGAAUUGCUCGGCGCCAUCUGGCAUGUCUAUCAUCCGGCAGAUGCAGAUAAGAUUCGAGAUUUCUUGAAUCGCGAACGUCACUCCAAAGAGACGGGCAAGAAGAAAGGUCAUUUCGACUCGUCAUUUGAUCCCAUCUAUGAAGGCGAUCAGUAUCUUUGCGCUCGACGAAGGAAAACCUUGGCAGACGAGUACAACGUGGUAUGUUGUACCAUUCUUCAGUUCCAUGGUGAUGCCGUGUUCAUUCCCGCCGGAUCCCCCUGUCAGGCUCGACACAUCCACAACUCGAUGUCGAUUUCGUUGGACUUCGUGUCCCCUGAGAAUCUCUCGCACACAUUCCAAUUAUUUCGCGACCUUCGGAAGCUGCCCGAGUCUCAACCCGUGGCCGAGGACAAGUUGCAAGUGAAAAAUCUCAUUUUCCAUUCAAUCAAGAACGCUCUCUCCGUUCUGGAGGCUUCGGAAAAGACCAAAGUGAAGAAGGAGAUCAAGAAGAUUGACUUUUAGAUAGUUUCGAUGGGAAUUCAUUCAUUCAUUCAUUCAUUCAUCUGUCAGAUUGGUGUUCUUUUUUGAACCUUGUGAUAGCAACCAUUGUACUUUCUCUCCAAUUCUUGGUGUUGAAAUGCUGUUUUUCGUGUGUCGGAUUUUUUCUUCUUUUUAAA